AUUGCCCGGGCGCUCUGCUCUGCUCUCCAGAAGGAGCUGGGCUGGCAAGAGCUGCCGAGGGCUGCGGGCUGCAGGAACAAACACGCUCUGGAAUUCGGUUUCUGCCCUGGCAGGCAGCUGCCUUCUGCUUCUGCCUCCCGCCCCAUGGGGCCGGCCAGCCAGCCGACAAACUUGUUGCAUAGAAAGAAGGGAGAGGGGGAAAUGCAAGUGCCGACACUUCGCAGCGUCCAGGAAAUCGUUUCCUAAAGCACACUCUCCCAGUACAUUCGGAUGGACAAAGCUUUGCUGGCUCAAUCUGCAGCCAAGAGUAAGGCAGAACCUUACAGAACCUACAAUGGCUUCAUGGAAUCGAGACUGGCUACGUGAUUACAAAUAGCACUCGGCAGAGAAGAGAGACUUCCUGGUGAUUUCUGCUGGAGAUGUACUCCCCUGCCACAGAGCUCACCUUCCUUCCCUGAAGCUUCCCAGCAUAACAAACUUGCCAAAGCACACCAUUCAAAUACAUCUGACCUGCCAAUUCUUCUGGAAUUUCAAAAAAGUUGCAAUAAAAAUACCAGAGAAGACGCCAAAUCACGGGAAUUUUUAACAUACCAUUAUAAUGGUAAGCUCCAAUUGUUCCACUGAGGACUCCUUUAAGUAUACUUUGUACGGGUGUAUCUUUAGCAUGGUGUUUGUUCUCGGCCUCAUAGCGAACUGUGUAGCGAUCUACAUUUUCACUUGUACUUUGAAAGUGCGAAACGAGACUACCACUUACAUGCUUAAUUUAGCCAUAUCAGAUCUGCUUUUCGUGUUUACAUUACCCUUCAGGAUUUAUUACUUUGUAACCAGAAACUGGCCAUUUGGAGACAUUCUCUGCAAGAUUUCUGUCACCCUCUUUUACACAAAUAUGUACGGGAGCAUUUUGUUUCUGACUUGCAUCAGCGUGGAUCGCUUUUUAGCUAUAGUACACCCCUUCCGAUCCAAGACUCUCCGGACCAAACGGAAUGCAAAGAUUGUCUGUGUUGCAGUAUGGAUAACUGUGCUAGCAGGCAGCACACCAGCAAGCUUUUUCCAGUCCACAAACCGCAGGAACAAUACGGAACAAAGGACGUGCUUUGAAAACUUUUCAGAGGACACGUGGAAAACCUACCUAUCCCGGAUUGUUAUCUUCAUUGAAACCGUUGGGUUUUUUAUCCCGCUCAUCCUGAACGUGACCUGCUCCACCAUGGUCCUACGGACCUUGAAUAAACCGCUUACAUUAAGCCGGAAUAAAGUAAGCAAGAAAAAGGUACUCAAAAUGAUUUUUGUCCACUUGGUGAUAUUCUGCUUCUGCUUUGUGCCUUACAACAUUACCUUAAUACUUUACUCCCUUAUGAGAACACAGACCUGGGUCAAUUGCUCAGUGGUGACUGCAGUCAGGACUAUGUACCCCAUAACUCUGUGCAUCGCUGUCUCAAACUGCUGUUUUGACCCCAUUGUCUAUUACUUCACAUCAGAUACCAUUCAAAAUUCCAUAAAAAAGAACCGGUCCACCAGACCACGGGAUGUCAGAUUCUCUGAAAGGCCAGUUUCAGAAAGCUUCAUUCAACACAGCCUUCAGACCAUAAAAAUGAAAAUAUUUGACAGUGACUCUACAAUAUAAACUAUAUUAAAAGACUACUGGGACUAAACUGGAAUUAGAAGCCUGCACAUUUCUUCAGCUGUGGACAUAUAUUCAUAUAUGUAAAGGCUGUGCUUCCGUCACAUCUGAAAAGUUUAUUACAAGGCUGUAAAAGUGUUAAGCAUAAUAGCACACAGACAAAAUGUCUUAAAAAUCUAUGUCAAAGGUUUGUUCUGACAGAUUGUAUGUUAGAAAUGAACUUUUGAGUUUAGAGGUUAACCAAAGUCCAAGGACUGUUUCUCAAGUCAAACACAAAUGAAAAAGUAGGUUGUUUUUCUUGCCGAAGUUAAAACAGUUGCUCAAUUUAAUAAUGGUAUCAUUUACUGAGGAUGGGGGUUAAGCUACCUGCUCCACACUGCAGGAAAACUGCCCCAUAUUAUCAUAUCACUUCAGCUACCGUGUCUUCCCCAGUUUCCUCUUGCUUCUCUUACUCCUCCCCUACUGUCUUUUUCCCUGCACUUUCCUUCUUAGGGACCAUUACGUUCACAGGAGGCUUCAAUCAGUGGGUUACAAGAACUUUGUUUCUCCCAGCUUUAUCUGAUAAAAAUACAUGCUCUCUCCACAUGCCUGGCCCCCAUAAAGCAAUUACGUCUCCUGGUAGUUUAGAGCAUUUGGAAUUGUCUCAGACAAACUGGUUUUUCUUCUCACCUCUCUCUUAGAAGUCUGUGUGAUUAAAACAAAGUAACUUGUGAUGACUGAAGUUAAUGCUCUAGGUACAGUACCACUUUAUUAAACACUUUUGUGAGGAGUUCUUAAACUCAGCAUGACUUUUGAGGGAAAUAACAUCCUCCGAGUAAGUUAAUUUGAUCUCAAAGUACAGUUUCUUGGUAAAACAAGACCUUUUCUAACUAGAAAUAAACAUGUGCAUCAAGCUGAUUAUUUCUUCCAGGAAAAUAUUUGGUGUCCCAUAAAGAAAUUCAAGAUGCUGUAAUUUUGGAGUUCAACUUCCUCUUCAUUUUUGCGUCCUAGAAAUCAUUUUAACAUGAGCAUUCAAAACUUCAUAUUCUAUUUUCUUUCAAACUUUUAAAAGUAUAAAAAUAAAGUACAUGGGACUACAUGCUGGCAAAAUUAAUCAAGGCACUUGGAAAAGUCAGCAACAUGUAAAAGGAGAAAUCUACAUCUAUUACUGUUACAGACAGGAAUACAUAGACAAAACUGCUUUAAAACAUCCUGCUAUAUAUGUUUUCCAGCUACUAGAACACUGUGUACAUUUUCCUCAGAAUUAAUUUAACAUCACUGUAAAAUAAAAUAAAAUUAAAAGGUAAAAUAA